UCAUGCAUUCCUGGGGAUAGGCGGCUCCAGAUGUCAGUCCAGCUGUGUAGGGCUAACCAUAAGAAAUGAAUUUUAAUGUCUGGAAUAUCAAAGAGAUGCUCAGUAUUCCUUCAGGUUCUGGGACCACUAAUUCUUCUAGCUGGAGUAAUAAUCAGACUGAUCACUCCAGUCUCAGUGAUUCCCAGUUCCUCUUUGGAUCCCAGUUCUGUCCAGAAAGUUCAGAGACUCUGUCAGCACCCUUGGACUUUGUCUACUUGAGACAUCCAAAACAGUCACAACAGAAUUCUCUGGAUAGUGAACCUAGUAUUUUCACAAAAUACCAGACAAAACCCGAGCUAUUUGGAGGAAAUACAAAUGAUAGAGGCUUAUUUCCUCUUCCUUUGUCAGCUGGAAAAUCAAAGGGCCUCUUGGAACAGUUCGAGGAGAAAAAGAAAAGGGCAAAAGACAAAUGUGACAGUGAGACUCUAUACAACUUCAUUUCCCAUAUCAGAGAAAGCAUUCACAGGUUGCAGGCAUCUGUGGAAAAGUCUGAGGAACAUCUCAGUUCAAGAAGCCAAUCUAUUUUGGAUUGUUUGGAGACUAUGGCCAAGACAUUGCAAGAGACUGUGCAGGCCCAGAGUGACCUGGUGUUGGGAACCGUGCAUGACAAAGGCAACAUGGAGCAGGUUGUCCUCGAGAUACAGAAGAGAUUUGAAGCUAGACAAGCAGAAUUUGUAGAAAUGAAGUCUGACCUGAAGCACCUUGAAGUUUUAGUCGCCCAGCAGAGUAAGGACUUCCAGCAGCUGUGUGAGCAGCUCGGCCAGCUGAAUGUGGCCAGCGUCCUAGCGGAGCUGAAGAGAUUGAUUUCAGUCCCCCAGGCACCCACGCAGGUGAAAGACAGCACUUCCCAGACCUCACCGCCUCAGGCCCAGAGCCUCAGCUUCACCAGGCAGGACAGAUAUGCCUCUGAGGAACUAGUUAUGUGGCCGACUCAGGCCCUCCCUGCUGUCUGGAAUCUUUGUAUGAGCUCCUUGCAGCCGGGGGAGUUUGCUGUCUGUACUGAGGGAGCGGAAAGUGCUGCUCCCCAAGGAGAGGCUGUGCUGAUGGCAGCUGGAACCAGCGAAAGAAACGGGUGGGUAAAGAACAAGGCGGCGCAGACCAACUGCAAGAACUGGACUCUGAAUAAAACCAGCCCUGAGAACCAUGGCUCUGGCUCCGCAGGCCGCAAAGGGCCUUGCGACAGGAACUGGGUUUCCCAAGGCGCCUCAAGGCUUAUACCCCCGGACUUUGAAUCCAGCAUUAAGAACACUUACCAAAAACCUCAAGCUGAAAGUCUGUUUUCGUGUACCCCUUACCAGCGAAGGUUGGUGACUACACAGAAAGGCAGAACUGUGCAAAGCAGUGGGAAAGGCAAGAAGCAGCAGCCCAGGAAAGCCUGCAGAAGCAGGCUCCUGGCUAGGAAGCAAGAACAAACCCCUAGCAAAACCUUUGCUUUCAAUUCUAAAUAUCCUCAGUUUCCAGUUUCUAGCCCACAAAGGCUCCCCCUGGAGCUGCCCCUGCAUCUGUGGGGCGCCACAACUCCCACAAAACCAGUCAGCCCUGUUCUGAGGGCAACAGUCAUGCCCAGUAAGACAAUGGGGACAGCACAGGAGAGCAUCUUGCAGCCCAUUGGGUGUUCUUCCCAAGACAACAGCCUGCUUUCUGAAAGUUCCCUGGGGGACCACCAGAUGAGCUGGUUCAGUGACCUCCAGCUUGGAAGUUCAGAGUCUCCUCUGUGCAAGGAGCCAGGGACGAAUAUGCUCUAUGAUCUGGGUUUUGACAGCAGUGAUGAUGGCUUUUGAUCAGCCCACAAUCUGACUUCAGCUGAUAGUUAACUGGUCUCAGCUGGAGAGACAAAUUCUAGAACACUGGGGCUGGCUAACAGCAGAAAGCCCCUGCAGCCUGCUUGGAGCCCUUAGGCUGAGAGGCCCUGCUAGGGGGGUCAAGUGCAGGACAGGUGUGGGGCGGGGAACAGCGCUGGUAUUCUGGGUACCAGGUGCUGCCCAUGACAGGCAUAAGGGAUAAUUGCAUCCUUACUUAUUGGAUUGAGGUGUGUGAAGACGGUGGCGAGCUGGGGCAUCAGGAGGAGGGUGCUGUUUUUGGUGAGAGGAGGGCUGGCCUCCAUAUGGAAUACUGAGUGGCAGAAGGGCUCUCACAGAACUGUGGCUGUGGCAGCAUGAGUCCCGAACAUUUCUGGUCUUCACAGUAUUUUCUACACAUGAUCAAUGCCUAUCCAGACCUCAGCAUUUUUAAAUUACGAUUUUUAUCCAGUUUUAUUGUCAGAGUACUUGCGUUUUUUGAUCAGUGGACAUAUUACAGGACAUGCUGCCUUCUUGGGAACAGAGAAACAGAGAAUGGAAGCUGCCAAUGAAAGGUGACAUUUACCCAAUAAAUGCCCAGAGCACCACUGUACACAAGCCACACAAUCCCAUUUUUCUUCCCGGCUGUUUUUCCCUAUCCUGUUUUCAACUACCCUUCAAGCUAAUGAGAGCAUCUAAGGAUCCAGGAUUAUUUCUGGAGAGAAACGGGCUUAUAUGAGACUUUGGCUAUUUAUAUCUUGCAGCAGUUUUGAAUUUUUGUUAUACAUAUAUGUAUAUUUAUUUUAUAACAAAAAAUAAAAAAAAAUUAAAGCAUUUUUUCCCCAUUAAGUUUACUGAAGGCUCUCCCAACAACUUACUUAAGAAAAUCAAAUAGGGUGUCUGAGUGGCUUAGUCACUUGAGCUUCUGACUUCGGCUCAGGUCAUG